GAUUUGUUGUGCAAUUUAUUGGAUUCCUGCACAGUUUACUUUCUGAGCAAGUGCGAAUGGAAUACAAAGAAAAAUGCUGUUUGCCAGUGCUGGCUGGUAAACAAAGGAAACCCACUGCCAACUGCUAAGCCCGGCUCUUUUAGCUCUUCCAACUGCUCUGGAUGGAUGCCAGCUGCUUGUUUGGAUGGGUGGGAAUUCACAAUAAACCAGGUCCAGACCAGCACCGGAACUACGAGGAAGUGACGAAGGCAACGGCGACGGAGCAUCUGGAGCAGCAGCAAAAACCCAAAACUAUUUGCACUCAUCGGCGGCAACAAAUGUUGCUGCGGUGUUGCCUUGUGCCACUUACGGCUGCCAUUUGCUGGCGAUGUGGAUGUCGAAGCCGAUGUCGGUGUUUUUACCCCAACAUUCAGCAUCCUCGCCAGGAUUCCAAGUCAAAGUAUUCCUCGACGUGCUGAGCAAAUAUGGAGGCGCCUGGUGAUGUGUUUACAAGUUUGUGAAUUGUUGUCAUUGUCGUCAUCUGGUCGGUCUUCAACUGACUCUGAGGCUCCCCCCGAUCUUGGCCAGCACUUGGGUGCUCAGUCUCAGCCCGCUUUUCAUUACCAAUAGCUGGAAAUCCCCAGCUGCCCCUUCCCUGCUCACAAUUGCAAACAUCAAUCAAGCUGCAUUAUGCAAAUAUUCGCUCGAAAGUUGCAACAAAAGCGCAUCGAGCUGGGGAGAAGUGAAAGACGACAAAUGGGAAAUCGGAAAUGGGGUUUGUGUAGGGUUUGGGUUUUUCGGGUGCUUGAGAUUGGAGAGCAGCCUGUCAGACGUCAAAAAGCAGUUGCUAUCCGUUUCACCGCCCUCCAUAUCCCAUCAUCCAUCGCUGCUGUCAGUUGCAUUACUGAGACAACAAGACGAAGGUUCAUCAGUUACACUGCGAAAAGAGAUCACCCAUAGUCUUUU